AUAUGACUCUCAAUAAGCCGUGUACUGUACACCAACAGUAUCUUCGUAUCUCUUUUUUGCUUCCCAGCCCGCCCGUCCUCAUCGCCCUUGCGAACACCUAGGCGCUAAUAAACUAGGUAGCGUUCUCUGCUGCUAGUCUCCGAGUAUGUCAAUAGCCUGGCUAUCCAUCGGCCGAAAAUGAUGAUGAUAGUCUACCAUCCACCGCUUCAACGUUGUUUCCGGGUACUUGCCCUUUCAUCCGCGAUGCUUGCCCAUCAGUCUAUCAGUACUAUGAUGAUAGUAUCCUUGAUCGGAAGCAACAAGAGUUGCAGGCAUAUCGUACGCGCGUCGAUCUACCUGCGCAACGGACGUACCACCGCUCAACGUUGUGAGGUGAAUGCAGGUGUCGCUUGCCGGACAUCGACUUGGUUUGAUGGUAUAAUAGGUCUGUGUUACGAUGCAUCCCGGCUCACCAGGGAAUGGGGGUUUUAUCAGUGGCAAGUCGGGGAUGCAAACGACUCUUAUAGCUCUGAUUGUACGGUAUAGUGGAUGCAAGGUCGCUAGGAACUUGCCAUCGAGGGCCCAACGAGAGACAGGCGAUAAUAGAUAU